AGGAUCUCAAGGGUCAUCCUCCCAGUGGGUGCAACUGUAAACAUGGACGGUGGAGCUGUGUACGGGGUCGUGGCUGCUGUGUUCAUAGCUCAGUACAAUGGAAUAACCCUGUCAUUUGGAGACUUCUUCAUAAUCUGUUUAACAGCGUUCCUAACCAGCAUUGGGACUGCCAGCAUACCUGGGUCUGAUCUGGCAAUGCUGAUGCUUGUCAUCCGGGCGAUUGGUCUCCCAGUUCGGGGCGCCUCUCUGUUGCUCACAAUCAACUGGCUGAUGGAUCGUUGUGGCAUCACAGUAAAUGUGGCCAGUGAUUGUCUAAUGGUGGGAGUUGUCUCCCGUUUCACCAACCUUCCUCCACGUGACCCAUCAGAGACACAGUUUGAUCCUGUGCAGGAAGAGGAGCGGAUGAUCGCAGAUAACCGAGUAUAAUACCAUCAAAAUGUGUCUUAUAUUUAACCCUUUGUUCUCAGCACAACGAAGACACAAUACUUGGCUGGGGAUUUUGUUGUUUAAUCAGUUCAUCCAGGAAAGCCAGUUGGAAAUGAUUCUUUCUUGAAAGCUUGAUAAACUUUUGUUGUCAACUAAGUUGGUUUCUAGUUCAUUUUUAAAAUCGAAUCUAUACCAGAUGAUUAUGGAAUCAUGUUUAUAGCAUCUAUUUUUGCAGGCAUUCGGGACUCGUUUGAUCGAAAUAAUGAAGUACCUUUGACUUUUCUCUGACUUUUUUUUCCAUACAAGAGCUAAUUGUUUGUAACAACAUUCUAAUUAAAGCUGAUGAUGUCUUCCUGUGAUCUUCUCUUAAUCAAAAUAUCAAGUCGAUAUCUGCAUUA